AUGGGUAUUUUUUUUGUUAAAAUUUUUGUAUUCAUCCUCCUAGAAUAUAUCUUUGUAUGCCGUAUUAGUUUUUUCUUUGUUAUAUCUUUGAAUACGAAUAGGAUAAAUAGGGUAGCAUUACAUUUAAAAGAUAAGAGAAUGUUAGAAAAUAAUGAUUUGGAUAAAUUAAUACACUUGUUAAAAGAAAUUGAAGGAAAAGAAGAGUCGAAGAAUGAUGUGUCAAAAAACGGAAUAAAAACUAUUAUAAUGUUUAGAGAAUUAAAUGAAAUUCUCUUAAGCAAUGAUCUCAAAAGAGAACAUAUGUUAAAUGAUAUAACACAUAUUUUAUCGAGUAACCCGGAGACGAUUAAAUCGAAGUUAAAGGAUUUAGAAGAAUGUUUAUCGGGCGAUGAAGAAAUAUCAGAAUCAAAAUUAAAUGAGGUAAAAGAAAUUCUGUUAGGUAAUGAACUAUUUUCGGAAGACAUAGCAAACAAACUGAAAGAACAUCUAUUAUGCAGUGGUCCAAUGAAAGCAGCUGUAUUGUUAAAAAAACUAAAAGAAAUUCUGUCAUCUGAUCCUCAGAUGAUAAAAUUAAAAUUAGAAGUGUUAGAAAACAUUCUAUUAGGAAAUGAUGCAACAAUAAAUGACCCCAAUAUAAAAGAAUUAAGAACAUUGUUAAUGAAAGUUCUAAGUAAUUAUUCUAAAUUAAAAGAUAAUAAUCAAAGGACAAAUAUUAAUUUUUUAAAUAGAAGUAAUGAAGCCACCAAUAAUAAUUUAACUAAACAUAAAGACACUAUAAAAGAAGUUGAUGAAAAUAUUAUGUGUCGAUUAGAGCAAAAUACUAAUUCAGAAAACAAGAAUAACGAAAUAAAUAAAAAUCAUUCAUUGUUACAGAGUUUUAGUUGUGAAAAUGAAAGUGAUAUGAUGAAUGAAAUGCAAAUACCAAAAAAAAAAGUUCAUACUAUAAAUAUAUAUAUGAAAGAUAAUACAAACAAAGAUAAAUUAUCAAACAAAAAGGAAAGCGUCAUAAGUAUAUACAUGACUAAGAAAAACAAGUAA